AUGCAACUCCUCCUCAUCUCGCUGCUGGCCACGGUCGCCCUGGCCCAAUAUGGUCCGCCGCCCGGCGAGACGAGAAUAAACGCCCGGUAUUUCCCGACGAACGGCGAGCUGGCCGAGGCGCCGCUGGCCGCCCAGCAGGCCAUGCUACAGACGACGGAGGGACCACGGUUUGCCGCGUCGCAAGACAGCGAAACGGGGAUCGAGGCCGUCGAUAGGAAAGGAGCUUCAUCCUCUUCCUUUCGCGGCUCCUCCUCCCCCUACCUCGGCCUCCAGAAUGACCACCACCGUCAUGCCGAAGACGACGUCGAGCAACCGGAAAGGGCCGCUGGAGCGCCGGCAACAGCGCCGCUUUCUGCGCAUAUUUCUCGAGUCCAUACUCAGCCGGAGGACGAGGUCGAAGAGGUGCUGGAAGAGCUGAAGGAAAAGGAGAAGCCCACCCCGGCCUGGCUGCGCCGCUUCCACAAGUGGAAACGCGAGCUGGAGGAGACCCCCGUUUCCGGGGAGGCCGAGUUCCUAGCCGAGCGCGAGAAAGAGCUCAAGAAGGUCAAGGCCCCGGAAAUUGUCUCGGCUUACGGACUUCCGCCUGCUCCUGAAAAACCGGAAUUCAGUGCGCAAAAGGACCACUCUGGAUACUCGUCGAGCUCGGCGGAGGCGAAGAUCAGCGACGAGGCUCUGGCGAAGAAUAAGGAGGAGGAGAUUGUUCUCGAACAUCUGGUAGAUGAACUGAAGGAGAAGGAGAAGGUCGAGAAGGCCGAAGAGGUCGGGGAGGGGGAAAAGAAGGAGCAGAAGAUGAAGCUCGUCGAUGGGGACAGUCAGCGUGGAGGACAAGUUGACUCGAGCUUCAGCAACGAUCAGGAAUGCCAGAAAGUGCAGGAGAUGGGACCACAAAUGUCGGGUCUCGGACCGUACGGCUCGGCGUUGAAUGGCGGCGGAAUGGGAGGACUUGGCCUCGGCUCCGGCCUCUCCCCCUACGGUUUGACGAGAAAA